CCAUUGCAUAUUAUUGUUGAGUGUAUAAUUAAGAGAGAACUUCAUGGGUUCGAAACAAGAAAAGAAGCCGCAUGCAUUGUGCAUACCAGUUCCAGUACAAGGUCACAUUAGUCCCAUGUUAAAGCUAGCCAAAAUCCUACAUUCCAAAGGCUUUCUUAUCACCUUCGUGAACACCGAGUUUAACCACCAACGCAUCGUGAGAUCUCAGGGUCCUCAAGCCGUACGUGGCCUCCCUUCCUUCCGGUUCGAGGCCAUCCCUGACGGUCUACCAUCGCCACAAAACCUUGACGCCACCCAAGACGUCCCAUCUCUAUCACGGGCCAUUGAAGAAAAUCUUUUGGAUCCGUUUAAGACUCUAGUCACCAAAAUUAACACUUCUAGUUCACCGGUGACUUGUAUAGUGGCUGACGUGCUUAUGAGCUUCACCCUCGCUGCUGCUUCUGAAUUGGGUAUUCCGGAAUUUAUGUUUUGGACCAGUGGAGCAGGUUCAUUAUUAUGUAUCGAUCAAUUCACAAAUCUUUUGGAGAAGGGAUUGAUGCCCCUUAAAGAUUCGAGUUAUUUAGUAAAUGGUUAUUUGGAUACAGUUCUAGAUUGUAUACCUGCCAUGAAUGGUAUACGUCUAAAAGAUAUCCCUCCUUGGAUUAGAUAUACCAACCCAGGGGAUGAAAUCAUGGUUCAUUUCUUUUGUUUACAAAUAGAGAGAGCAAAAUCAGCUUCUGCCAUAUUUUUUAAUACUUUUGAUGAACUCGAUUGUGAUAUUUUAAACGCAAUCUCUUCAAAGUUUGCACCUUGCUAUGGAAUUGGCCCUUUACAUCUACUCGAGAACACGAUCGUAGACAAAGGUGUAGCAUCCUUCAAAUCAAACCUCUGGAAAGAAGAGUCUGAAUGUGUAAAAUGGUUGGACACGAAAGAAUCAUCUUCGGUUGUUUAUGUGAAUUUUGGUAGCAUCACAGUAAUGACAUGUCAACAGCUGGUUGAGUUUGGAUGGGGACUCGCGAAAAGUAAUUAUUCAUUCUUGUGGAUCAUACGUCCUGACCUCGUGGUUGAUGAGGCUGCUGUUCUUCCACCUGAACUGUUGGCGGAGAUUAGCGGUAGAGGGUUCUUGGCAGGUUGGUGCCCCCAACAACAUAUCCUUAACCACCCGGCAAUAGGAGGGUUUUUAACGCAUAGUGGAUGGAACUCGACAAUUGAAAGCAUUUCUAGCGGAGUGCCAAUGAUUUGUUGGCCGUUUUUUGGUGACCAACAAGCGAAUUGUUGGCUGGGUUGCAACAAGUGGGGUAUCUCCAUGGAGAUUGACAACAAAGUAAAGAGUGAUGAGGUUCAAAAGCUAGUGAUUGAGUUGAUGAAAGGGGAAAAAGGAAAUUUGAUGAGGAAGAAAAGUGUUGAAUUGAAGAAAAAGGCUGAGGAAGCAUGUGCUUUUCCUUCUGGUUCAUCAGUGGCUAAUUUGGAGAAGAUAGUUCAUCUCAUGCAAACUUCUUCUAAAUGACCCAUUUCUCUUUAAAAGAAAAUAAAUGCAUGUGUUUUUUUAUUGUAAUCCAAUUGACUUUCUAUAAAUGUAUUGUACUUCAUGUGUUCCACAUAUUGUGUGUCACCUUAUUAGUUAUUAUGGCGUAAAUGUGUAUUUUUUUAUCGUCAUCUUAUAAUAUAUCGUGCAGGUGUUAUUGGGCUA